UUACUUAGCGGAGAAUUUUUUUUAAAAAAACCACAGUUUCGGUUCGUGAUGGAAGAGCAUUUGCAUCAAUUCACCCAAAGUAAAAGAGAGAGAAAAAAGGGGACACUCAAAAGGAUUGUGACAGAUCACAUGAAAGCGAAGUUUAUUUCUUCAGGGUGCUGCUGCAGCAGCUCACUUUGGACUUGGAGAGCCGCUGCUUUUGAGCGCCACCUUUGCCGUGGCUGCGAUCUCUCAUGCGUCAUGCUGCUUCUCUCCUAGAAUGACUCAAAGAUGAGUUCUUUCCCCUUUUUCUUUUCCCACAUGUGACCUGAAUUCACCUCACAACAGGAAUGGUACUACUACUUGAGGGAGAAGGAGAACAGGGGCAGCCUUAAGGAUCGGAUAGCAAUGCUUUUUUUUAUUAUUUAUCCACCGUCUUUUACCCUUCUUCUCUUCACGAGAAGAAGAAAAAACAAGGGGGAUUAAAAAAAAGGGAAAGGCAGGAGGAAAACAACAUGGCUCAAAAAGCAAAGCGCAACAAAAAAAAAAAAAAAGAAAGAAAAGCGAGCGUGGCUCAGCUUGCUUUGAUUCUACUCUCUGCUGCCCCCCCUCCCCUCCAUUAGGGGCAGGGCAUCCUUCAAAAGCACAGCAGAAUCGGGCCAAAGCGAAAGAAGGCCAGAACAGAACAAGAAGCAGGAAUACCCGCGCGACAGCGACUGACACAAAUCCUGCCGCUACUUCUUCCCCACAUUAUAAUAUGCAGUCACGUUGCGCAGCCGCAGCCGUUGCAUCACACUUAGCGCCACCCCAUGCCAUGAGAAGAAGCUCUUAGAAGACCAGCGUUGUCGCUCGCCAGGAGAGGAGGAGGAGGAGGCCGCUCUACGGAAGAAGAAGACGACGCUGCGCUGCGCGGCGACGGACGACUGGUCGGUGGGUGUCAUGAGAAGGUCGGCCGUGUCCGUGAGGCGGGCGGCGCCAGCGGCAUUGGCCAUCUUGUUCGGAGCGCUCCUUCUGGUGUCGUUCGUCGUGGACGGCGUCAGGAAAGCGGCUCCGCCGGCGGCGAUCGGCGGGAGGAGGAUGAUGCUGGGCGGAGGCGCCGGAGGGCUGAGGACCCUGGAGGAUUUCAAGGCUCAUGAUCCCUUCCAGGACAGCAAGAGAAGGGUGCCCAAUGGCCCUGAUCCUAUCCACAACAGAGGAACCGGCAAGUCAGGACGAUCGCCGGGACGAGCAUGACGUCGGGAGCGCGCAUGCCGAGGCGUGGAAGCUUCCGAACCCGAAGAGGCCGGCGAUAGCGACGUGUUGGGAGCGGCGGCUAGCAAACAGAAGAUGCGUUGCGUUGCAUACUUGCAUUGCAUGGAGGAAGAGGAACAGACAAGAGGUGCAUCGUGGGGUGGUGGGUCUGGCUGGGAUGCUGGGUGUAACUAGGGGGAGGUGGCCUGCCCUAUCUUCUUCUAAGCACUGCUAUUUAAGACGGUUUUAAGCAUGAUGAGAACUUUAGCUUUUUGGGGGAGGGGAAACAAAGGCUAUUCUAUUCUAUUCAAUUCUAUUCUGCCAGUGGGGGUUUGUUUGUUUUGUUUUGUUUUGUUUUUUUGUAAAGAGAGCAGUAAGUACCAAGCUUCCCUGUCACAUGGAAACAAGCAAGCAUCAGAGAUUCUUCUUGACAAAGGGAUGUGGGCAAGAAGAGCUCCUCCUCCUCCUCUCCCUGUCUUUUGGCCGCAGCUGCUUUAUACAUCUCAGUACAAGUACCCUGUGUUUCUUUGA